CGGUACGCGCAAAAGUGACGUCAGGUGGGGCUUAAUGUGUAUGUGCGGCUGGCGACCUCUUGCGCAACGACGCGACGUUCUUGCUUUUGCCGUGAGGAGGCAGUGGCUGGCGGGAAGGAGGAAGAGGAGGAGAAGGAAAAAAAAAAAAGGAAAGGGUUGGUGGCGGCGCUUGGAGCCGCGGGAUGGAGGAUCAGCCGCCGCCGCCGCCGUCACCGCCCCUCCAGGAGCUGCUGGGGCGUUGCCUCCCCCGACUCCCUCAGCCGCUGCUGUUUGAAGAGGAGCCCCAUCAGCUAUUCAUGCUUAAGGAUAAGUGGUGGAGAUAAGCAUGAGACCAGCGUGGCACAGCUGUAUGUAUAUGCACAAUUGAAGCAAUUGCACACUUUAUUGGCUGACAAUCUUGGCAUUUUUUAGCAAAAGACAAAAUUUAAAGACCCAACACAUUUAUGUUUGACUUGUCAAAUAAACUUGCGUUGUCACCUGAUGGAGCCUUCUAGUGGUGAACAACUCUAUGACGACCCUGAUGUUGGAAACAAAACUCAAGAUCCAGAAAACAAAAGGCAGCAUGAAUCUGAACAAAAGCUGUCAAAAAUUACCCACAAUGCCUUGGAGAACAUUAAUGUAAUUGGUCAAGGUUUGAAGCACCUCUUCCAGCAUCAGCGUAGGAGGUCGUCAGUAUCUCCGCAUGAUGUUCAACAAACUCAGGUUGAUAUGGAACCUGAAACAGAAUUGGAAAAUCAAAACACCUGUGCCGAAAUUGAUGGUAUCUCUACCCACUCUACAGCUCUGAAUAGAGUUCUCCAACAAAUCAGAGUGCCACCUAAAAUGAAGAGAGGAACAAGUCUUCACAGCAGACGGGGCAAGUCAGAUCCUCCGAAAGGAAGUCCUCAAAUCAACAGGAAGUCUGUCCAAGAUAUUAAUUCAGGUCGUCCCAGAUCCUCAUCUACUACUGAUGCUCCAUCCAAUUUAUCAAUUCUGGAGAUGGCCUCUCCUAUCUGCUUAGCUGGUGACGAUGUCGGAUCAGCAGAUCGGAUCGAACGAUUAGAUGUAAGUAGCCUAGCACAAACAACUAACGCAGUGGCAUCAAGCACAGACUGCAGUAUCAAUGCAGAUUCUGUUGAUGGAACACCAGACCCACAACGCACAAAAGUGGCCAUCACUCAUCUGCAGCAGAAAAUACUGAAACUCACAGAGCAAAUCAAAAUAGAGCAAACUGCCCGGGAUGACAAUGUAGCCGAAUACCUGAAAUUAGCCAAUAAUGCUGACAAGCAGCAGAGCGCCCGGAUUAAGCAGGUGUUUGAGAAGAAGAACCAGAAAUCAUCCCAGACAAUCCUCCAGCUGCAGAAGAAGCUAGAGCACUAUCAUCGGAAGCUGCGAGAGAUUGAACAGAAUGGUAUUCAUCGACAGCCCAAAGAUGUCUUGAGGGACAUGCACCAGGGGCUAAAGGAUGUAGGAGCAAAAGUCACUGGCUUCAGUGAAGGAGUGGUAGAUAGCGUUAAAGGUGGACUUUCCAGCUUUUCCCAGGCAACUCAUUCAGCAGCUGGAGCCGUUGCUUCUAAACCUCGGGAAAUUGCCUCACUCCUUAGAAACAAGUUUGGAAGUGCCGACAAUAUUGCUAAUCUGAAGGAUGCUUUGGAAGAAAGUCAAGAAGAUGGGACCGGAGGAAAGACUUUAGGUGUUCAUAACUUUCAGUUGAGCCCAAAGUAUGGCAGUGAGGAGGAUUGUUCCAGUGCUACAUCAGGCUCAGUGGGAGCCAAUAGCACCGCAGGUGUCCUGUUGGGAGCACCAAGCUCCAAAUCAAACACUCUGGAAAGGCAAAGCUCAGGGUUUGAUGCAAUACUGCAUGAGAUUCAAGAGCUCAGAGAGGUUCAAGUCCGCCUGGAGGAAUCCUUUGAAGAUCUCAAGGUUCACUACCAGCGAGAUUAUUCCUUGAUAAUGCAGGCUCUACAGGAAGAAAGAUACCGAUGUGAGCGACUAGAAGAACAGCUGAAUGACCUGACUGAGCUUCAUCAGAAUGAAAUCCUCAAUUUAAAACAGGAAUUGGCCAGCAUGGAGGAAAAAAUAGCUUAUCAAUCCUAUGAACGAGCCAGAGAUAUCCAGGAGGCCUUGGAAGCUUGCCAGACCAGAAUCUCCAAGAUGGAACUGCAGCAGCAACAGCAGCAAGUUGUCCAGUUGGAGGGCCUUGAAAAUGCCACUGCCAGAAACCUUCUGGGCAAACUAAUAAACAUCCUUUUAGCAGUGAUGGCUGUCCUGUUGGUGUUUGUCUCUACUGUGGCCAACUGCGUGGUCCCCCUGAUGAAGACUCGCAGCAGGACGUUCAGCACUUUCUUUGCCAUGGUCUUCAUUGCCUUUCUGUUUAAGCACUGGGAUGCCAUUACCAGCUACUUGGAACGCUUCUUUUCACCCCCCAGAUGAUGACAAGAACAGGCCGUUGCCUCACCCACUCGAGCUGGAUCUGGCAAGGAAGUGCACCAAACUUAGUCAGCAGUUCCUUCCUCCACUGAAGACGUAACAUGUCCGAGUGUGAAUUUGUUUACAGUUAAAAUAAUAUUUUCUCUCUGAGACAUAUUGGCAAUAGUGAGGGUUUUUUUUAGAAUUUAUUAAAGAACUCUUUUUUUUUCUUUUUCUCAAAAAACUGUUUUUAUGUAGCAUGGUUCUCUUUGGAUGCAAAUCUUAAUAUUCUGUAUGUGUACAGAGAUAAAACACAAAUCUGGAGCAUACCAAUGGGCAAAUUAAAUUAUGGCUCGACUACUGUACUAAACCCAGUCGGAAGAAGAAAAGACAAUUACAUAAGUUCUAACUAAGAUAAUCCGGUGCAUAGCGAUACUCUUGAUUAUCCUACAUUGCUACUGUGAAACCUGACCACCUUCUGUGUCUGAAUGUAUAGCUUCAGGAUGGCUUUCUCUAGUGAAAGACCAAUGCAAUACAUGGAACUUUCUGGAUCUCUUCUUGGGUUUGCCUCUUCUGCUGUUUAAACUUUCUGGCUAGAUACAUGAAGUGGAUUAGUUCCACUGUGUACAGUUCCUGCACAGUUGUUCUACAGUAUUUUGAAGUAGCCCUUUGAAUAUUUUAAGCAAAAGCCCUUGGUUGCACUUUGACUGUUUUUUAAUGUAUGUAUAGUCACAGAUUUAAAAAUCCAAAUGGCAUACUUGAAGAGUGUAAUACUCAAACUCUCAGUGCUUCCUUAUUGUUUCUAAUAGGAUUUUUUAUUCUUAUUGGGGAUUGUUUUUGAACUUAAUGGUUGAGAGCAUCAUCUCUUUUUCUCUUUCUUGCUCUCUUUGAAUAAAGAAGUGACGUUCUUAAAUGAAGAAGUGUGUGAAUAAAUAUGAGCUACCUUGUUCUGAGAUGAUUUGGAAGGUUGCAAAUAACAUUUAAUGUAUCUCAAGUGCAAACCUGCUCAAAUGUGAUCUGUUUCCUCCUUAACUUCCAGACCUCACAUUAAGAAAACAGAUGAUCUGAUCCCUCCUGACAGGUCAUAAUGCCCGUUUGUUUUGUUUGGGAGUGAAUGGGGAAACUGGAAAUCUUGUCCCUGGUCCUGUUGUGUCUAGGCCAGUUAUUUUAAUGAGAAUAAAGAAAUCCUGGUUUGUUUUAAGAAAAAUGAAGUUUUGAAAGCAUGAGUGAGUGAGCUGUUCUGAGAAGAAAAAUAGGGAGUCUUAAUAUCAAUAAUAAAUAGGACUUAAACUUUUAAGUUUAGGCUCCUUCAUGCCAAAGUUGGAGUGGUAGCUAAGAUAGACUACAGUCAGUCAGCUUUAGGUCUAUUGCAAAGUUACCCUGUGUCUCUAAGGAAGGCAUAAAUGCUUAAGGAAGCAUCAAGUCAUAAGGCCAAUCCUUUAAAUAGUACCCGAGUUAAUGUGUUAUUCAAAUAUGCCCUUGGGAACUGAAACCAAAGCUGUACUACUAACAAACUUAACAGUGUUCACGCUGUUGGUACUUUUUUAUAUUUAGAGUCAGCCUGUUCAACCUCAUUUUGUUCCUAUAUAGGACAUCAUGAAAUUAGUAAGAUUUGGUGGCAGCUGAGCAUUGUCAAGAAGUAGGGAAACAAAAGAGCAAGUAAACUGUAUUUCCACACACACACACACACACACUAGUUACUCAACACAAGCUCGAAGCAGGUUCUUCCUGUUUCAAAGCAUGUAAAACAAGAACUUGAGUAAAUUGCAUAGGUAAGUGUUCCAAACAGACAUUGCUCUUGCAAGACAUAUAUUUAGAAAAGCAGUGGCAUGAGCUGCUUGUACCUCAACUUUCACUGCUUUUUCAAAAAUGUAAACAGAGCCUAGACGCAUAUGAAUAUUCAUUCUGUUAGUAAGUCUUCAGCCAUGGUGUCAUGUUUUUCCAAAACGUAUUUAAUGCUGGCCAACAAGUUUUAUAUUUGUGAAAUUCAGAAUUACAAUUCUUAAGUUUAGCUGUUUACACUAUGAAACAGUUAAGUAUUCUUUCACAUUGCCAGAAUAUAAUUAUUUAAUUCUAACUUGACCAGUGUUUUAUCUAAGAGCCCUAACAAUCCCCCAAAUAACCUACAUAAUGUGGAAUUUUAUACAGAAGUUUUUACUUCUUAGGCUUUAUUAUUUAAAUUUUGUUUCUAUCCCUUCUCCUCGGUUAAAUGGAACUUGGCCUUCUGACUGUCAGCAAAGAAAACAUAUAUACAUAAAGCCUAUAUAGAGAAACUUCCUUUUGCUUUAGAAUUAAAUCAUAAUUCAAGAGGUCUAGCAUAUCAUUUUCAGAAUUGCAGUUCUUUAUACAAUCAGAUCCCUAAUGCUAACAUGAACCACAGAUUGGUACGAGGGGGGGGGAUCUACUUAUUCCCCCCAAAAAAAUUGUUAAUUUGAAGAGAUUCUGGCUAACAACUAAGCAUUCUGUGGCCCUAGCCCUAUAGAUGUAGAUUGUUUAUUACUAUUUGUUUGUUAAUAUUUUCCUUCAAUUUAUUAUCACUGCUCCUAAACAACUCAAUACCACUCCUGUUUUCUGCAUGUAGGGCAUGAUCUGGUCAAAACGUGCAUUGCUUGAGAUGAUUCCUAGGGCCACUUUUGUGAAGUACGGAAUUUUCUAUAGAUAAACUUAGCACAGCAUAUGAACAAAUAUGACCUAGAUGAGUAUUCAUUAUUCAAUAUUCACUGAAGUCUGUUAGUGAAUACUUCAUUGCUUUUUCUUGUAAACAUUUAUAAUUUGUGUGUAUUAUUAGAUAAAUGCUACAACAGCUAGCAUCUGUUUACCAGCAAAAAAAAAAAUGUGUGAUAGAGUCCUAAUCUUCAGAAUUUCCCCCCAAAAGAUGUUUUGGUUUAUGAUUAAAACAGGCUUUCAAUGCAUUCUAAAGGUUUCUGUUCAUAUUUUAUGAGAUUGCAUCCAAUCUGUUGAAUAUUCUAACAUAACUCGUUUCAUUUUGCCUUUUUUUGCUAACAAAUUCAUUCAUUCAUUCUCACUGCAUCAUAUUAGUUAACAAAUGUUGUUUAAAAAUGUGACUAUAGCUUUAAACUCCUAAUUCCCUUUGCAAGCAUUUUUGGAUUAUUUGUUACAGAUAGUGUUUGCAAGUAAGUGAGUGUGUGUGUAGUAUUAUUACUGAUGUGGCCCUCCUAAGUUAUGUAUUGAUUUUCCACAGUUUCCUUUUUGGUCGUAUAAAGAACAUAUCAGAUGGUCACAAAAAAGAAAUGAAUGUAGCAGAUUGAAUUGAUGGGAACAACUAGCCUAGAAUAUUUUCAAUGGUUCAUAACAUAUCUAACCUUGAUGGUUUUUUUAAAAAAAUCUGAAGAUACUACGUUCCAACAUUGUUCCUCCAACCAUAAACGAUACAUGCACAGAGUACGAUCCCUGUAUGAACUCUAUGAUAAUAUCAAGCAUGUUUACAAUUACUAGUUUCUAAUUUGUUUAUUCUGCAUCAGUGGAGCCCAAACUAUUCCAUUUGGUCGGGCUAUGUUGUAAGUGAUGGGACUGGCCUUUAAAAUGGACCUUCCAAAAUUUAAAGUGCAAACAAUGGGAACCGAGUUGCCCGAUGAUAGGCAGCUGUCAAAUUCUUUAGCAGUUUUGAGAAAUUCCAAAUGUGGCAAAAGAGUUGUAUGUCUGUGUGUGUCUGUGUUGUGUAGGCCAGGUGACAUUGUGCAUUAGUAGGCAACUGACACAACUGUAAGUGUAG